AUGGCCACUGUGCUACCAACUGAGAUAUCCGAGAAAGCAGCCUUAGCUGAUGAUGCUGAACUUGGACCCAAUGAAGAGCGCAUAGCAGAGGCAGUUCCUCCGUUGGGAAAGCCCGAGACGACAAGAAGGUUUUGGUUCCAGAAGUCUAAGCAUUACGACCUUGGCGAUAUUGCAACUCAGCCAAGUGUUUAUGACAAUCCAGAUGUCGCAGCCCAGUAUAAGCCUCGAGAUAACUGGGAGAACUUACAUCGAUUUGACCCGAGAGCGCGAUGGACAUGGGAAGAGGAAAAUAAAGUUGUUCGAAAGAUCGAUUGGCGCAUCAUGGCCUGGACGGCGAUGAUGUUUACGGCAAUGGAAUUGGAUAGAGCUAAUCUGGCGCAAUCGUUGACUGACAACUUUCUCAACGAUCUCAACCUGAGCACAAAUGACUAUAACUUGGGAAAUACACUUUACGCGCUGUUCUUCUUAGCUGGGGAAUUUCCAGCACAGCUAUUAGCAAAAUGGCUCGGACCGGAUCGAUGGGUCCCAUCCCAGAUUAUACUCUUUUCAGCCGUGUCCGCGUCCCAGUUUGCGCUUAAUGGCCGCGCGUCGUUUUUGACCUGUCGUGCUUUGCUGGCUAUCCUGCAAGGUGGCUUUAUUCCGGAGUGCGUUCUUUACCUCUCGUACUUUUAUAAGCAUCACGAACUUACCAUCCGCCUGGGAUUCUUUUGGAGCGGCAUGUUCAUAGCCGAUAUCCUUGCCGCCGUCAUUGCGUUUGGUUUACUUCAUAUGCGUGGCGUGGAGGGUCGCUCGGGCUGGCGAUGGCUUUUCUUGAUUGAGGGGCUUAUCACUGGGACCGUCGGGCUCUUGUCUUUUGUUAUGAUGCCGCCAGGCCCAACCCAGACGGCGAGUUGGUCACGAGGAAAGGAAGGCUGGUUCACACCUCGUGAGGAAACUAUCAUGGUAAAUCGAAUUAUAAGAGAUGAUCCGAGUAAAGGCGGCAUGCAUAACAGAGAGCCGGUUACUCCUAAACUACUAUGGAAGAGCUUGACAGAUGUUGACCUCUGGCCACUUUACGGCAUUGGCCUUACUUUCAACAUCCCAACCUUUUCGCCGCAGCAAUAUCUUAGUCUUUCCUUACGAGGUCUCGGCUUUGAUACAUUCCAAACUAAUCUCUUAUCUAUACCAUACCUAGUCCUCAAGAUCUUCAAUAUGAUGGCCUUAGCUACACUAGCAGAGUACACGGGGCAACUUGCUGCAUGCGCAUCAAUCUUCCAAUUCUGGUGCCUGCCUUUCCUGAUCUACUUACGCGUCGUCGACACGACACAAACGUCAAAAUGGUUGACAUGGGCUAUGAUUUCAUUAUUGCUAGCAGCGCCCCUUGUGGGAUGGGUAUCCCGAAACUCAAAUAGCGUCCGUUCACGAACGAUAGCGACGGCGUUAUAUAAUAUGUUCCUCCAAGCAGGGGUAAUCAUCUCUUCGAACAUCUACCGCGCAGACGAUGCACCUCUGUAUAGGAGAGGUAAUAGUAUAUUGAUCGGUAUAUUGUGUCUUAAUUUAGUGCUCUACGGACUCACGAAGGGAUAUUAUGUCUGGCGGAACCGCGUGAGGGAUCAGAAAUGGAACGCUAUGACUUCUGAGGAAAAGCUGGUCUAUCUUGCCGACCACCCAGAUGCCGGGAACAAGAGGCUCGACUUCAGACUGGCCUCAUAGUCGCAAGGCUAUCCUAUUCCAAGUGUAGAUAAGACUUGUCGCCAAUGCAUAUUUGGGGAUUUUGGUGGCGAAGGUCAAACGCCUGCAGCAUAGCCUUCGCAAACGCAAGGGCAGCCGACACCGCCAUGACAUGCAUGAUCUGGUGGCUCGCACCAAAUAUGUCAAAUACACGAGGAUACCACUUCUCUGGGAACUGCAUUUCUGUCAACUACCUAUCGUCUUUAGGUAGGUAUGAAUGUAUGAAUUCGUACUGACCUUAGCAGCAUAUACUACUACGCCCGUGCUAUUGAACAGAGUAGUCGCCGCGAUCCAAUUAAGUCCCACCCGACGACUCUGCUCCUCGAACCCGUGUUUGAACAGCCCAAUUAAAUUCGGAGCGACGACCGCGCAAAACCCAAAUGUAGCGAACAGUAUGGCGCGCGCAUGCCCUGUUUGUGCAGAGCCUAUUGACGGGUGAAACGUCGCAUACGAACACAGCCCAGCCAGAACAGUGUUGAAAGUCCAGUAGGCAAUCCUGUCGCCAAGGUCGCAGGGCAUGCUGUAGUAAAUCAAAGCUAUAUUCGCUCCCCAUAUCAGUAAUAUUAUGCCUUGAUAAUCCAGCUUGACCCCAAACGAGUACGCGGCUUCGCUAUGACACAUGAACGUGUGAAACCUGUACUCCAGUUAGACUUCUCCGGUCAUCCCACGAUACCGAUGUAGCGAGGGGACGAACAUAGUCGAAAGCGUAAAGCAGACAGCGACCCCUAGA